CGGCCGAACGGGAGUGCACAGCCUGGUUGGCGAUCUGAUGCUGGCCCAUGGGCCCGGAGAGAUUGCCCUGCAGCAAGCACUCUUCUCUCCUCGACUCUUUGACUGUCAUCCUUCUUUUGGCACGAUCAGCAUCUCUACACUUUUUGCACUCGACAUCUACAGCAGGCUGGCUGUUGCUUGUUGAGCUUCAAUCCGAGCGUGCUCUCUCCAUGGGCCGUACUUUUUGCUUCCAUUCUCACAAGUUCUGCAGAUCUGUAAUCGGGUUUCUCUUCGCUAUUCGCCGUGACGUACUGUCGUUCUAUUCCAGCGAAGCUCAUGUCCAUGCACGAUAUGCUCCCUGUUUACAUUUCUGAACCUGCUCCAGCUGACCCCCAGGGGCAGAAGAAGGAAACCGACAGCUCUGCGGUUAUCGAUCUGUUGCUGUGAGUGUGCGAACACCAUGGCUGUCGCUCUCACGAAGCUGUUAGGACUCAGAAGAGGUAGAUUGCAAUAUUCAGAAUGAGAAAGGCAUUCGUCAUGUACACCGCAGCUCCUCCGGGGAGUAUUCCUUUCAGAAAGCAGCCGAGCGUUCGAAGGUGCAAGGCUGUGGAGCGCUGACGACUAGGAGCUUCAGAUGUUGGUGUUAAUCACUCUGCAGAUCUUUGAUUGCGCCAGCCUUGUGAUGGACACCUCAGUCUGCUGGUUUCGAUCUGCUUCCUUAGAGUCAAUGCCACGAAGAGACCAUUUGCGACGGUUUGAGCGUCUCUGCAACUCGUAGAUCUCAUCACAUGGCAACCCAGCCUCGGGAUGAAGUAUUACGUCUACUGCGUUUGAGCUGGUUGGUGGAUGGGGGAGGCCCAUCAACAUAGAUAUCACAACAUGUGAAAGGUGAAAGGUGGGACUUCUCAGGUUUACCUGUUCCCUACGAAAGAGCAAAAUCGCAAGACAAAGCAUCGACUCCAAAAUGCAAUCACAUCACCACGACACUUCAGUGCUUCAUUUCUUUGAGUUCUGCCUUUGGCUAUACACCAGGUGCAAGGUGGUGAUCUGCAGGUUGUACUCUAUGAACUACGAGUAUAAGACAUGAUGCACACAAACCCGAGCUGCUCGUCACUCAUUAAACUCUUAUUGCUUUGAACUUUGUACUCUACAUGUACAAAGUUCUACACUAUGUUUCCACUCGAGAUAAACUUGACACGAAGCCGGGCAAACUCGAGGAUUUACUGCUCAACGUUAUAGAAAUUUCAGGCGUAGCUGUGGUGCCCGAAGCUCACCAUAUCCGUGUUGAUGAUUGUUACUUGUCCGUUAUGUGCAAUCGGUCUAUACCGCACGUACCCGCAACAGGACUUAAAUAUAUGUUCUCUUGUUGAAAUUUCACGGUUUAAAGCGAGG